AUGGCAGACAGACUCGGCGAUAACGCCGAGAAUUCAAAAUCACCAAGCCCGACAAGGCGGGACUCCCAAACAGCUGAAAAGGUCUCUAGAGCGUGUGACAACUGUUCGAAGUCCAAGUCAAAAUGCCUCCUGAGGCCUGGGACGAAGACCUGCGAAAAUUGCAGAUUCCUUGACAUUGCAUGUACUUUCAAUCGUACGGUGAAGAAAAGAGGGCCCCCAAAGGGAUAUGUGAAUACCUUGGAGCAAAGACUGGCUUCAUUGGAGAGCCUGGUUGCCGAACUACGAGAAGGACAGGCGGAAGCUGACCCUGUUCCUACCGACGAUAUGACCCUAGUCUCUUCGGCGACAGACACGAAUUACAGUAAUAACCGAAGCUUGGAAGAAGAUGAACAUUUGAAUGAAAUUAAGCCCCAGCAACGGCAGAUUGCCGUGCCAGGCAGAUCGCACGCUCGAAAACCAGACAGCAGCUCAGAGCGUUCGACAGUUUUAGGAUAUCUCUCGGUCGAUGAGAACAUGACGAUGCGGUACCAUGGACCAACGUCUGGUUUGCAUCUGAUGACCGCAUCACGAGUAUUUGUGUCUCCCUUUUGGCACUUUUCCAACCCUGGCUUCUGGCCACGAAGCAAACGCACUACAUUUCGGACAGAAGACGAGAUUGUUUCUGCGGCAGAUGCAAUAUUAGGAGGGAUUCUUCCUCCUAUUUCCUUACAGAAUAAACUUCUUGACGAUCUCGAUUCUAACAAAAAUGCUGGCAGUGCCUACUGGACUUUUGUCCAUCCGUGCUUCCCAGUCGUGCACAGAGAGACAUUUCUCUUUCAGUUAAGUAAAGACCGUCGUGGCAUGCCUCGACAAGGAAGGUCUGCAUUCGAUCAGCUUGAACGUCGUAUUCCUCAGGUGCUCUUAUUGUCAAUGUUUGCACUCUCGGCUCGUUUCGUCGAUAAUUGCGAUUCCCGUGAGGAUAGCGAUCCGGGCGACGAGUAUGCGAUCAAAGCAGAGACCUUGCUUGCUCAACAUAAGCAGAGUAGCAUCAACUGCUGUCUGGCGUUGAUUAUGAUGGCUUACAGGGAGAUCGGCACAGGUGGCUCUAUAAGCUGGAUGUAUGUAGGAAAAGCGAUUCGAAUGGCCCAAGACUUAGGGUUGCACCGAGACCCCUCAGUAUGGAAGAAAACUCAGUGCUUCCGGAACAUGUCCAACGUAGAAAUGCAGAUUCGACGUCUGAUAUGGUGGGGCGCUUUUGUGCUGGACAGAUACAUUUCUGCGUGGCAGGGCAGACCAUGUGCGAUACACGAAGAUGACUUCGACACUCAACUCCCUGAAGAUACAUUGCAUGAGAAUAGAGAUCAUUCUCUAUCAUGCUUCAUACAAGUCGUCAAGCUCUCCAUUCUCCAAGGCCGAAUACAUAAAGCAUUCUACUCGGUGGGCGUCAAAGAGCCGAAUUGGGCGACGUUAAAUGAACUGGAGCAUGACCUUGACGAAUGGGAAGCUGGGGUGCCUGAUUUUCUCACCAUCAAACAGGGAGUGAAACUGGCUGUGCCAGUCAUCACAAUGCACACACAAUUCUGGAAUUGCAAAGUACUCCUUCAUCGACCGUUUAUCGUGACGUCUGCGAACGAAACCCAGAGCAAUAAUCCCUCCCUCUUGGCAGCAACCUCUGCAGCCGUAGCAAUUGCAAAUCUUCUCGAACAUUUCACAUCCUCCUACAACCCGACCUUUGCCCCGCCGUUUUUUAACUACUACUGUUUCACAGCGAUUAUUAUGCACCUUUUCAACCGCGCCACAUACCCCGUUCUCUUCUCUCCGUCUGCAUUGAUGCAUUGUAUAGAUUGCUGUCGAAAGAUGAAGAGCAUAUGGUCUAGCGCGGCGCGCACAUUGCACAUUAUUGAGGGUGUCGAUCAUGAAGUCGAGAAUACAAUGCCGGAUUACUAUAACUUUUACGCGAGUCCCGCGGCGCCAGCAGCAACAUCCACGGCAAUGAUGGAGGCUGAACAACCACAAGGGGCCGUGGAAGGCGAUGAGCCCGCGGUCUUAGAAUCUAUACCAUCUCGCCCCGAAAAUGGGAAGACACGAGUCAUUAUUGUCGGUGCAGGCUUGGGAGGUCUCGCCUGCGCCAUGGCCAUGCACUAUGCUGGCUUCGAAGUCAUCGUGUUUGAAAAAGUGCGCGAAUUCCUCCGUCUGGGCGACUCACUCGGUCUUGGGGAGAACGCGCUCAAGCUCCUCAAACGCUGGGGCUUGUACGAAGAGUUGAUUGAGAUCGGAAACAAAAAUCCUGUCAUGCACAUUCGACGCUGGGAUAAUGGGGAGAUUAUGGCGACGCAGCCGCUUAUGGAUAUGGCGGGCUACAUCGGACAUCGAGGCGAUUACCACGUUGCUUUCAUCAAUCGUGUAAAGCAGCUCGGAAUACCAAUCCACAUGGGUCAUGAAGCUGUUUCUUUUGACGAAGAUGCGCCGAGUCUUACGCUCAAGGACGGAAGAACAUUCUACGCAGACUUGAUUGUUGGAGCAGACGGCAUCAAGUCCAGGGCUCGAGAGCUCGUACUCGGUUUCAGUGAUGCGCCUAAGAGUUCCGGAUAUGCAUGCUACCGUGCCUACUUCAAAGGUGAAAUACUCAAAGACGUUCCUCAAUGUCAAGAAUACUUGAAAGAGGACUGUGUGAAUAUAUGGAUUGGCGAAGACAAACAUCUCGUUCAGAACACGCUACGUGAUGGAGAAGAGUUCAACUGGAUCAUUACCCACAAGGAUACCGAGGAUAUUAAAGAAAGUUGGUUUCAGCCCGGAAACAUGAAUGAUGUACGCGAACUUGUACAGGGUUGGGAUGAAUCGAUUGCAUCGGCUGUUAGAGCUACGCCAAGUUGUCUUGACUGGAAGAUCUGCUAUAGAGCUCCAUUACCGACAUGGGUGAGUAAGAGUGGUAAGAUUGCUUUGCUGGGUGACAGUUGUCAUCCACAUCUUCCGACUAGUGCACAAGGAGCUUCGCAAGCGACGGAGAGUUCGGCGGUAUUGGCGUUAUGCAUGAAGUUGGCUGGGAAGGGCAAUGUACCAUUAGCAACUAGAGUAUACGAAAAAUUGCGCUUCGACCGAGUGCGCCAGUCGCAACUAUCUGGCGAAGAUUUGAGGAAUAGAUGGCAUAAUGCGUUGAAGCAUAUGAAUGACGGUACAGAGUUCGAUCCAGAUGACAUCAAGAUCAAGAAUCGAUGGCUAUAUCCAUACGAUGCUGAAGAGGAUACGAAUGCGAGAUGGAGCGAAGUCAGCUCAAAAGUACAACAGGAGCUUGACGCGGGUGCAAUCACACCUCUCUUUGGAGAAGAUGGCCCCCCACGAGUCCUGACCGUGCGAGAUGCAUAUGGAAAGGUCAAGGAUGUAGCACAAACCCAGAACUCGUUACUCAGCAGUUUGACUGUCUGA